AUGGCUACCGGACCUCAUACCGGAAGGGGUCCGGGCUAUAGAAAUGGCAACAAUAGGCUGUCCACUGGAUUUGCAUGCAUACCCUUUCGACACCCAAUCAACUAUCCUAUCAAUGCAAUACAAUACGAGUGGCUAUCAAAUAAUUUGGAUGACAGUUCCCCACCACCGGUCAUAAUAAGGCCAAACUACAAGUUAAUAUAUACUAGCCAUCAGUUUAAUGAGUCGGCGCCCAAUGGAGCCUACUGUUCCGGUUGGAUAUCUGUGGACUCAGGUCCCGGUAGAUUCCUGUUAUGUAUACUACCGUUCCUCACACUAGUGGCCACAUUCAAUGGUGUGAAAGGACAAUUACCACCG